AUGCCGAAGAGAUCGCGCGGUUCGGCGAAUCUGUUUGCACAGACCUGCGAGGCGUGUUAUGGCUACUUCGACACCACGCAAGGCCUAAUGGCUCACCAGUCAACCAGCCGCCAAUGCCGCUGGUACAAGAAAGGAAAGCUGAGGGAAAUCUUCGUGGAUUCUAAGGACUCUAGCAGCGAGGAUGAAGCGGUGGUGGAUGCAAAGAAGAAACGCGGUGCAAAAGGGAAGGCGCGUGCUGAUUCAAGCACGUCUAGUGGUAUAGCUCAGGACGGCGCACGAACGGACGAGACCGCCGGACCGUCAUUUGUUCGCUCCCACACAGCGUUCGAGCGAGAAGAUCGGGACGAGGACGAGGACGAGGAAGAGGACGAGGAAGAGGGCGAAUACUAG